GGACAGGACACUCGAUCAAAAGCUUAAACCCUAGCAAUCGUGCGAAAAGCUUAACAAUGGCGGAGCAACAAGAAGAGAUAGUCAAUACCGUGUCGGCUGAAGUGAACCCAGACCCCAAAGGAGAGAUGGAAGUCGAAGCCGAGACUGCUGUUAAGCGCGAGAGAGAGCAGACGGAGGAGGAAACAGAGGGGGCCGGAGGCGAAUCGAAGAAGCAGAAGGUGGGAGAGGAAGAGAAGUCAAAGGUCCCGGUGAAGCUGGGUCCGAAGGAGUUCGUUAGCUCUGUGGCGAUGUUUGACUACUUUACCAAGUUUAUGCACUUUUGGCCAACUGAUCUCGAUGUCAACAAGUAUGAGCAGAUGGUGUUGCUAGAUCUGAUCAAGAAGGGCCAUUCUGAGCCUGACAAGAAGAUUGGCGGAGGGAUCAAAGCCUUCCAAGUAAGAACCCACCCAAUGUGGAAAAGCAGGUGCUUCUUUCUUGUUAGGGAAGAUGACACUGCCGACGAUUUCAGCUUCAGGAAGUGCGUCGAUCAGAUCCUCCCCUUGCCUGAAAACAUGAAGGCUCCUGGGUCUACCGGCAAUGGACAUGGUGGUGGAGGUCGCGGUGGGGGAAGAAGAGGCGGUCGUGGUGGUGGUAGAGGAGGAGGGAGAUUCAGAAGAUGAAUUUGCUUGAUGUGACUCUUGUUACCUUGCCUUGCUGUAGAAUGGAAUUUUGGAGCUUUCAUGUUAAAGUUAUGUUGCUAUAAACUUAUUAAUAAUGAUCUUGUCGGAUGCUAAUGUUAUUUUGUCGGAGAAGAAUUGUCAGUUCAUAUCACCUAUUUUACUGAAGUAGAAGAAACAGCAGCUUGUCUCUAUGUUCACUACAUCAUAGUAUAUCAACGAAAGUUUGUUGGGCU